AUGCCCGCGUCGCUCGCUUGCCGGGUGGGGGCACCGGCGCCGACGACCAGGCCGGGCAGCGCGUGCUCGCGGGCGCAGCUGGCCCGUGGCGCGAGCCGGCCCGCUCGUGUGGGCCGUGAUGUGGCGGCGAAGGCCGGGUACGGGUUCCUGGAGGACGAGGAUGGCGCGCAGGGCACCCGGGUGGAUGAGGGCAAGCUCUACGUGCCGCGAUACGGCCUGACAGUCAACCAGAUGCAGGCCCUGGGGAUCACGAACGACUCGUUCCUGCAGCGGGAGGAGCCGGACCCGGCCAGCAUCAGCGCGAAGGCCUUCUACGUCGGCGACGAGAUCACCGAGACCACGCGGCAGACCACGCGGAUGGGCGGUCCGGGCAUGCGCCCGCCCGGCCAGGCGCCCCCGGACCUCCCGUCGCUGCUGCUUGACGGGCGCAUCUGCUACAUCGGCAUGCCGCUCGUGCCGCAGGUCUCCGAGCUGGUCAUCUCCGAGCUGCUCUGGCUCAACUACAGCAACCCGGAGAAGCCCGUGUACCUCUACCUCAACUCCACGGGCUCGCAGACCGACGGGCCGCAGAAGCAGGCGGCGGCUUCGAGACGGAGGCGUACGCGAUCCUCGACACCCUGA